ACGUUGUUCUCUGUGCAGUUUUUGAAUAAACUCGCUGACUACGUUUCGAGUCAUGAAGAAUUGUACAUACGAAUUGCAGCCGCGAAGGAAAUUAUCCGUCAAUUAUCAAGUCCCAUAAAGUUCAUUGAAAUUAAAAAACAGGAAAAAUGGUUGCAAAUGGAUGUGGCUGACCGAAUCGAAAUUAGAACAAAAUUAUUGGGAGCAUUGCGAGGCUUGGGAAAUCAUUCCGGUGAUAACGAUCUUAUUGAUUCGUUGGGAAAAGUUAUUUCAUUGUUUGCACGCAUAGCAGAACGAGCAGAACGAUCAGACUGGAUUAAAGAAACGUAUAAAAUUUUAACUGCCCCAGAUUCGACAUCUCAAACAGUUACGGUUGCACUCAAAAUUCUCGAAAAUUUCGUUGAUUCUCUGUCGAAUGAAACGGUCAAUUUGAUGGACAUAAUUCAAACGUGCUUCGGAAAAGCGGUACAAUUGGAAGCCGAUCGACAUGAACUAUACAAUGCUGUUUUGAUCUUUACCACUCGAUUCAUUCAAUGUCAUGCCGUGUCAAUAUCAGUUGCAAAGGAUCUUCUUAGUUCGAUAGCAUCACAAUCAGUAGUGUUUGUGUCAAAUGUGCGUGUUAACUGUUUCAUUUUUUUGGAAAAGUUGAUUGAAAAUUUUAAAAAUCAUGUCAACGACAUCCUGAAACUUUUAGAAGCUAAUGGCUUUUUAGCGCACCUCAAUGCGAUUGCCCAAGAAAAAACAUUGAGUGAUGUUGAUUCACAUGCAAUCAACAAUUUUCUUCAAAAAGUUAAUCAAAUUUAAUCGAAAAAAUUACGCUUCAUAUAGCACAUUUGAAAAAAGUCAUAUAGUAUAAACAAUUGAAUUUUUACAUGAUGUAUAUACAUACGUUCCGACCUCUGUCGGUUUAAAAAAAUAAACAAAAAAGCAUUUGUAA